GUGUGUUCGCCUUCUUCGUCAGAUUUAGAAGUAAACAUGUCUCGAUUUUUAUUGGUCAGCGUUUUCCUCAUUGCUGCCGUAGUUUUACAAGUUACAGCAGAACCGUCGUGUGAAAAUAUUGAAUGUUCAGAAAACCAACAAUGCUAUGAAUGUGAACAGUGUCCUAGAACAUGCAAAAAUCCUAACCCACCGUGUCCAAAAAUAUGCAAACCAGGUCCAGUUUGUUAUUGUAUGCCGGGUUAUGUCACUUAUAAUAAAAAAUGCAUUCCCGAGAGUCAAUGCCCAUAAGAUUUAAAAAUACACUUAUUAUUAAUGUAAUUAAUAAUUAAUUACAGUAAAAUGCCAUUGUAACA